GUCACGUGAUAGACGUUGAAAUCAAGUCUCUCGCUACUUUAUCAGCACAGUUGAGGCAUUUGUGACUCUUGGCGUUUAGAGAUGUCAACGAAGCGGUUCCACCAAAUCUACGACCUGAAGGAGGAGUUGGGAAAAGGAGCUUUCAGUAUUGUCAAGCGUUGUGUGCAUUUGGAAACAAGCCAGCAAUAUGCUGCAAAGAUUAUCAAUACGAAACGGUUAAGUGCAAGAGACUUGCAGAAGUUAGAGAGAGAAGGACGGAUAUGUCGCAUGUUGAAACAUGCUAACAUUGUUCGUUUACAUGAAGUGAUCUCUGAAGAAACUGUUCAUUAUUUUGUUUUUGACUUGGUGACAGGUGGCGAAUUAUUUGAAGACAUUGUUGCACGAGAAUAUUACAGUGAAGCUGAUGCAAGUCACUGUAUACAGCAGAUACUGGAGAGUGUUCAACAUUGCCAUCAGCAUGAUGUAGUACACAGAGACUUAAAGCCAGAGAAUUUGCUAUUGGCAAGCAAGAUGAAAGGAGCAGCGGUCAAACUGGCUGACUUUGGUCUUGCAGUUGAAUCUUCAGGAGAUAGCAAUGCCUGGCAUGGUUUUGCAGGCACACCUGGGUAUCUUUCACCGGAAGUGUUACGGAGGGAACCAUAUGGGAAACCAGUAGACAUGUGGGCUUGUGGUGUUAUAUUGUAUAUUUUGCUGGUUGGAUAUCCUCCUUUUUGGGAUGAUGAUCAGAAUAAGCUGUACAGUCAAAUCAAGUCAGGACUGUUUGAUUUUCCAUCUCCAGAGUGGGAUUCAGUGACAAGUGAAGUGAAAGCGCUAAUCAAUAGAAUGUUGACUGUAAACCCAUCAAAGAGAAUGACUGCUACUGAAGCAUUGAAUCAUCCUUGGAUCAAGCAACGGGAUCGUGUGGCUUCAACGAUGCAUCGUCAGAGUACAAUUGAAGGGUUAAAGAAGUUUAAUGCUCGUCGCAAACUGAAGGUGUGUUGGUUUUGUUAUGUUGCUUCUGGGUUUAUGAGUCGUUGUCACUUGGUAACAUAGAAUAGGAUAUUAAAGGUAACUGACGAUGAAAAGAAUUGAAAAUUAGUUUAUUGCAUUGUUCGUUAGUUCUUAAUGUUCUUAUGCCCGGGCUACAUUCGUGAAGAUAUUGAGGUGUAGGCGGGUACAUUCG